ACGGUUAGAUUGCACCACAACGUACGACCUCAACACCUACUGUGAGUGCCUGUCCGUGUAGGUGACAGUUGAUGUGUGAGGGAAUGACAACAUUACCUAUAGUUACUACAAAGUCAACAAGCACUGGCAUGUCAACACAGGCAAGGUGCGUGCACUUCACGAGACCGACAAGUGUGGUGGCGAAUGACAUGGCGGAACAGCCGCUCGCCCUUACAACAACCACACGCGCCGUGCGACUGCCGUCCGCCGUCAACUUCCUUCCCGCUGGCCGCACGACGGACACGACAUGGAAACGCUCGUGAUUCUAGCGGUGUGAUACAGAUACCGUGCCCAGCACAUGAUGGCAGGCGAGGGUUUGCUGUGGGGACCGGACAGCCUGACGGAGGCGCAGGUCAUUGCGCUGUCGCUGGUGGCGGUCGUGCUGCUAUUGUUGUUAGCCCUCAACGUGGGAGUGUACAAGAUGUACCGCAGGGUGAUGACUGAGGACCGGCCGCGGACCAAAAGGCCGCACGAAAAAAAGAUGUCCGACGUGUGGGUGUACCAGGUGCACAGGGAAAACCCACAGCCAGCGGAGCCCGCCGAGGAGCAGAUCCUCCGCAAGCUGCGAGCCUCGAACGAGAACCUCAAGGCCGCCAUGCGGCUUAGCGAGAGAGUUGCAGAGGAGGCUGGGGAUGCAUCCUCCGCGAUCCGGCAAGAGGAGCAGCAGGCUCUGGAGGAGCUGGACAUCACUAACGACCUCUUCCUCCACGACGGCAGUCGCCGCUCGUCCUCCACCACCAUCAGCUUCGAGUCCAACAUCAACGCCAUUAUCACCAACGACACCAUCAGCCUAUCCAGCGUCUUCAUGUCCGACUUUGACAACGACGAGGUCGAUGAUGCCAUGGCUGUCGAGGGCGGCACUAGGCCGAGGAAGAUGUCGCGGCAACCGCCUCUGACGGAGUUUCACAACGACGCCUUCGACUUUGCCGAGGCCACGGCAGAGGUGGAAAUGAUUAAUGAUAUACAGCUGUGACCAAGUUCUCCAAUUUACUAAGCAGUCACGACCGAACAAUGGAGAUUACAACACAACUGUGACAAAGCUCUCGAGAUUACUAACCCUUAUUAGUGGAUCUCGCGGUAACUAAAUAUUUAACUGUUACUUUCAAACAGUUGAUGUCUUGAUAUGAAGACGAUCUUUGAUUAACCCUUCUAAGUUUUUCCUACUGAUUUCCUUCACAAGUAACCCCCAAACCUCAAAUGUUUAGCUGUAUAUUAUCCAAAUUAUUUUAACAGACCUGUGAUUACUAGGUGAACACUCAAGAUUUGUCGUCUGUCUUAGUUACACACUGUGAGAUCUGAUUAACAAGAUGUGUUUCUGAAGUUUGAUAGAAAAAACAGCUUCGCUACACCUGACAUUUUCUGUAUUCAUGAUAUUAUUUUUAUGUGAAUAGAUCCUGUAACUAAAUUUGUUCUUCCCCCCUUCUUCGAAAUUUCCAGAACGUUGCAUGCAAAGACUUGUGUGAUCAUGUUUGGCGAGGCAGGUGCGAGGUUAUCACCACCAGUCUAUAAUCCACUCGUGCUGUCCAGCCUUAUAAGCCAAUGUGUAUUAUCGGUAUUCCACCCCCUACUCGGCGCGAAGACGGUCACAAACAGUCACCUUAUUUGACACCUGACACACCCGCGAAUGUUUCACUACUGACGGAUCGAGGCAGUCGGAACUCUUGCUCACCCUCCACAAAGCAGGAAGUAGUCGUUGUAACUCCAAACACGUGCCCGACUCCUCCGAUCUUAGUGGGAGAUUAACCUUCUGGGAGUUUCGGUCGCGGUGCUCCAACAGGUCCGACACCGAUAGUCACUACUGUACUUCAAAGCCGGAAGUUCCCCGGAUGUUUGGUCGCGUGUGCAUCUGCUGCAGCGCGCACGUGCCCUUUAAUCCUUCACUACACACGUACCCUAUGCGUGCGUGCUCGUUAAUCAUCGGUCGAUGAUUGAGGAUUACACUAGACGCCGCACGUUCUUGGACACAGUGGUGGUUACCCUGACAAGGCGGCCGUUCAUAUUCAACCCUGACAACCCUGAUAUUAUCCUCCACCUGUUUCUUUGAUUGCGCAACAUGAAUGGGUGCUUAGUGCACAGGACCCAGGUCGCGGUCAUUUCUAAGAUCACGUCGGUAUGUCAUAGCACCAAGGAUGUCUCAAGCCCCCAAAAGUGUACACAAUGUUAAAAUGUGGAAUGUGUCAUAAGACCUGAAGGGUACCAACGUUCCCAUCAGUAGUACACGUGGCCCACACCCAACAAUCUCAGUGUCAGAUCCCCGAUCUGUUAAUAAUGACGAGACACUUCCUUUACAACAUGGACCUGAGUCGACCACAGGGAUUAGUGUUUAUGCGAAUCACUUUUAAUGAAUUACCCACAGAAAAUAAAUGAAUAAAUAAUCAUAAGGACCAGACAUUCAGUUAUUUCACAAGUCAUCAGUUACAGUUUAGUACGACCGCACGCACAGUUGUUCGACUUUCCUGACACAGGCAGUGCAUGGCUGUCUGACACCAGGAGAAAGAUCAUUGCAAGAGCUCCCUUCCAAUCCCCUCUCACCACCACUUAUUAUAACCAUUUGAUUAUUUCGACAAGUUUCUGCUAUACCGUCCUCACCCCCACCUCUAUGUAUGCACAUCUCCCUAACCCCCUUUUUUGAAGCAUGAUUAUCAAGGAUCGCCUCUCGCUCCUGUGACAAAGUGUAGAAUGAUGGUCGAGGUAAGAUUUAAUUGAAUCUCUCUUUCAUUUUGCUUUCCCUGUGAAGACCCCCUCUCUCGUUCCGUUAUCUCCCUUAGACGUGAACAAAUCCUUUCAUUGACUGGUUUUAUCCACUUAUUUACUUUCUCCCUGUGUCUUCCACACACACGCGGACUCCAUCCGGGGUAGUUUCUCAAUCUAAUCAACUACCUAAAGGCUGUAACGCAGGGGAGUGUCAUCCCCGACCAGACCACAGGGGAGGACAACUAGUGUCAACUAACAGGGAUUUUAAAACAAGACGUGAAUAUCCUAACCAACAAUCGACAUUUUCGAAUACCCGAUUAAUCUAAAGAAGACACUCAAAUACUGUCAACCUGGACAAGACACUUGUGAACACCCGGAUAAACCUACGGAGGACAUUGGUUAAAGACACUGAAAGCGUCUAGACCGAGGACAACCCGGUUCUCAUAAACUGACCUCAUUGCUUUUUUUACAUCUACCUGUGUGGCAAAGACAUCAGGUUAGUGAGACUCUGAUCUUUUCAUUAUAAACAGAAAAAGAGCACACAAAAAAGUCGAAGAUGACAAUGUGAAAAUCUGUGAAGAUACAUUUUCUUACAUGGAAUGUAGUUUGAGCGCAAUGGCAUCUACAGACAAGUUUACAAUAAACACUGCGAGGGUUUGGCUAAGGUAAAAUAUGGAUAAACUGCUGGUGUCUAGUGACUGAAGUUGUCUCUAGGCAAGGAUAACCCCACUGCCUUCCUACAACAUCCCCACCAAAAGGAAGAAAUAUCUUUCCAAUUAAGAGCAGGAAUUGGUCAGAUUAACACCAGGCAGCUCUUGCUCUGGGUGUGAUUCUCAACGCUAUUCCAUCUCUGAGACUGAUGUCAAGGCUGAGUCAUGGCUCAUUUAACAUUUUUCUUAAGUUUCGUGAUGUACUUGACCUUAGUUCAGCUCACUGGCAGCCAGCAGCACUGUCCUGCUGCCCCUGUCUGUCUAAAGUGUACAGCAGACUCCAGCAAUCUUGACCGCGUUGCCGUGUGCAAGGUCUGCCCGACCGCACUGCCCCCGUCCAUCCAGGACGCCACCAUCUUGGGGGAAAGCUGCCCUCUGCUGACGGUACGGGGUUUGAUCCCCCAGCUCUUCAGUAAGCUGACAGAGCUUCAGACGCUGACCAUGUCCAGUACCGGGAUCACCAAGUCCGCCGGAAGCGUUUUUGCCGCCAACACCAAACUAGAGUCGCUGACCUUCCUCAACAACAACUUCUCUACCUUCCCACCUGACCUCUUCACGGGGUUAGUCAACCUUCGCACCCUGUCUCUGGGUCACAACGGUAUUAACUCCCUGCCUGAGGCUGGGUUUGCUCCGCUGACAGGCCUGACUUCACUGGAUAUCAAGCUCAAUCUCCUGCCGACCAUCAGUGACCGUGUUUUUGAAGGUCUGGCGAGUGUUCUGACUCUCGACCUCACCUACAACCCCCUGACCCAGGUCACGCCUAGGGCUUUCCAGCCUCUGCGCAGUCUGCAGACAAUUCUUCUGAAAAACACGCUGCUGACUGCACUGCCAGACCAUGUCUUCUCCGGUCUGUCAUCCUUGACAACCAUGGACGCCAGCGGUUCCCACCUCAGCAAAAUCGCCGACACUGCAUUCACGGGAACGGCCAUGCGCGUCAUGAAUCUGUCCGAUAACCAACUGACCGCCGUGCCUUCUGCCUCCCUCCGCGCGUGUCGAACCCCGCCCCAAGUUCUUGAUCUCAGCGUCAACAACAUCGCCGCCAUCAGCUCCGAUGACUUCUCUCGUCUGACGUUCCACUCCGUCAACCUCUCCAGCAACCCCAUUAGCGUCGUGGAGCCAGGAGCCUUCGCAGGUAGCAGCCUGUCCGUCCUUGACCUCCGAAAUACGUCCUUGCAGACCUUGCCCAGCACCAUGAAGACUCUGUUGACCUCGUCUCCCACCAUCGACCUUAAUUUGAACCCUAACUGGCUGUGCACGUGCGACGAGCUGUGGCUGGCUCGCUACCUGAACUCCUGCGCGAGCUGCCGGCCUCCCACGUGUAAGGAGCUGGUCAAGUAUGCAGGCCGCACCCUGACGGAGGUUUUGCCAGAACUGGAGGUGCAAUGUCAGACAACUACCACGACCACUACAACAAAAACUACUACGCAAACAACUACAACUAUGACUACACCAGCUACCAGUACAACAACUACUACGACUUCUACCCCAACAACCACUACCACCACCACAGCAUCCACAACCACUGUUACCACUACUACGACUUCUACCCCAACAACAACUACCACCACAACACCCACAACCACUGUUACCACUACUACGCCUUCUACCCCAACCACUACCACCACCACAGCACCCACAACCACUGUUAAAACUACUGCGACUUCUAUCCCAACUACUACCACUACAGCACCCACAGCCAUUGUUACCACAGCACCCACGACUACCACCGCUCCAACUACCACCACCCCAACUACUACCAUGCUCACAACUACAAUUAUUACCACGACGCCAACAACAACCAAGCUAACAACAGCACUUUUAACCGCAACAACAACCCCAACCGCAGUCUGUCAAAACACACCAGUGACAAUCACGUCGCUUACAACAGCCGAAACCACCCCAGCCAUCAAAUCCCCCACUACUGCCUCUUCCCUUCCCACUGUCGCGACACCAACGGUUACAACCACUACCACUGACGCUCGUACAACACCGGCAACGUCCACCACCAUCGCCACACCGAGGAAAUCGCAAACCUGGACGACAACAACUACCAGCAUUAUCUGGGAACCGAACAUGGAGCCCUGGCCGAACAUGGAGCCCUGGGACUCCAGCACCACCGCCCGAUACAGCAGCCACUCCAUUGCCCCCCAGAGUGAGGUGGCCGAGUUCCCAACCCUCGUCAUCGUCGCCGGAAGUGUGGCGUGCGCCAUGCUGGUCCUCAGCUGUGUCGUGCUGCUCUGUGUCUGUAUCCCCGCGCACAAACGCCAGAAAGAUCCCAAGGUGUGUCCCACCCCGGUGCGGCAGAGGCGAUGGCCGAAUUACUACUUGCCGGACUACUGGCCGGACCACUUCACUCCCCCUCGCUUAGUCACCCGUGAACUGACGGAAAUAUACUGACCAUAUCAUGCGCGAGGGCGACUGUCUGCACGACAACCAGCCAUCCUCGCUCAGAUCUGGAGGAAAUGAUGGACAUCGCCUGACCAUUGACGAUACAACAAUGUAUUAUUCCACCAAACGAUAGAAUGUAAGGAAAGGCUCUAAUAAUUAUUUAUUUUAUAAUUUAUUUUACUAUUUAGUAACAGCAUGACACUUUGCCGACGAGCACUUUCGAGAUUAUGUAUUGCAAGAUCCUGCUCGUAAGAGUGAAUGAUGGAUUUAAAGAAAAGAAAUAUGAUUGCACUGUCAAAUUUGUGGUUUUUCAAAGAAAUAUUAUUUCAGAAUGUUCUGUGGGCUAGCUGUGUUUUGUGUGCUGAAUCUUAUUUUGUUAAUUAUUAUAUAAUAAAUUCAACUAACCUAGAUAAAUCUCUAAUGACAAAAAUUUAGAAUAAUAUGUUUAAGAAUCGAACUCUACGUUUCUGUCUGUCUAUGUGUGGCUCUCCGUUUAAGG